AUGAUCUCAAAUAAUAAUUAUAAUCAAAUUAUCCUGUAUUAUAUAUUAAUACUUUCUUACCUUCAAAAAAAUUUUAUUGUAUUAGCAAAUAUUGAGAAAGAGGUUUUCACGUGUACUAUAGAAAAUUUAUCGAAACAAGUGUAUGAUCAGAUAGAUGCUUGGAUCUUGAGUGAAAAUAUAUCGACAUUAAAAUCUUCAUACACGAUAAUACGUCAUCAAAGCAUUACACCAUUUACAACCAUAUUGGAAUUCGAAGAGCACCAUGAUAAUAAUAAUCAAAAUGUAAAUGCUAUUUCCGAGAAGAAUAAUAAAGAGCAUUGGUACCUACUUUCUGACUUAAUUGACGGUGAAACAUAUGAAACGCGUGUUUCUUAUGCUGCAUCUUCGCCUACCAAUUUCGUGAUGGAAAUUUACGAUUUCGAAAGAAUCUAUGACGGGUAUUCAUAUAUACCAGGAAAAGAAAAUCAGGCUGUAAUUUACAAUAUAGUAUUAGAGACACUAUUAUUCGGUAUUGUUCCUAGAGUUGCAAUAAAAUUAAUUGCUCUUCUGGUUUUCACCGUUGUGUUUAGUUAUUUCAUAUUGGUGCCUUCCAUUUGGAAGUUUUUGGUUGCUAUUAGAGAUCUUGAUUAUCAAGAAAAGCAACAGGAGCAAAUUAAUAUUGAUGAAGAUGAUGAAUUGGACAGUAAAUUAAAAUAUCAGUAA